AGCUGUCUGUCUGUUGAGCUGUCUGUCUGUCUGUUGAGAAAGACAGACAGACAGUAUCUACAGCUGAGAUCUGCUCAGAGAGGGUUUCCUUUUGUAUUGACUCUAGACAAACACAUAAAUCAACUUGUAUUAGGUAUAGACGUACAGAUAAGUAAUAUAAUAUUGUGAUUGUUGGUGAUAUACUAACAAAAGGUUAGGAAAGGGUAUCAUAGGAAAUCAUAUAAUUGUCAUAAUUGCUAGAUUCAAAUGGAUCAUUAACCAAACAAAGUGCAGAGUGAGUUAUAGAAUCAGAAGGGGCCACUUGUACUUUCCAGAAGACAGACCGGGCCAUCGGUAAACUGUUACAUGCAGUAGGUAAAUGUUGAUCAUCAGUCCCUCCCUGUCUCCCUGUCUCUGUGUGUGUGUGCAGGCUGAAGCGUGACAAACAUGACUGUCAGUCACACACACUCACACAUGAGCAUGGAGACACGUUGUGGAAAGCAUUCUGUGUAUCUCUGAGAGGAAGAAGCAUUGGGAGAAUCUUCGUGAGUAGGCCUAACCAGUAGGCCUAACCAGUAGGCCUAACCAGUAGGCCUAACCAGUAGGCAUAACUAGCUGAUAGUGACAGGGCAGACACAAACUCCUCUGGCUGAAGUAUUGCAUCAGUAAUCUAUUAUUUUGUUGUUGUUAGAGUCUAGCACAGAUGUUGGACAUAGUUGCUGAACACAACUGGAGUGUUUUCCUUUAAGACUGGAGCAGCUUUUCUAACUAUCUGUUUAUGAACAAAGAUGGCUACCUUCACCAACCACUCAACCAAUGAGAGCAGCGGGCAAAACUGCCGCUGUCGCUUCAAGGAGGACUUCAAGUACAUCCUGCUUCCUGUCAGCUACACUCUGGUCUUCGUGAUUGGCCUAGCCCUGAACUUCACGGCCAUGUACGUGAUCCUGUUCCGUACAAAACUCUGGAAGCCCUCCACGGUGUACAUGUUCAACCUGACAGUGUGCGACACUCUCUACAUCCUCACCCUACCCUUCCUAAUCUACUACUACGCCGACGAGAACGACUGGCCCUUCAGCGAGCCGUUCUGCAAACUCAUCCGCUUCCUGUUCUACGCUAACCUUUACGGUUCCAUCCUGUUUCUGUGCUGCAUCAGCCUGCACCGCUUCCUGGGUGUGUGUUACCCGAUUAGGUCCCUGAGCUGGGUCAGCGCCAGGAGAGCCCGACUGGUGUCUGUGGCGGUGUGGGCGUGUGUGUUGAUGUGCCAGGCUCCCGUUCUCUACUUCUCACGGACCAGGGACGAGGGAACGGAGAGGGUGUGUUUCGACACCACCAGUCCAGAGUUAUUUCAUGACUUCCUGGUGUACAGCUUGGUGGUAUCUAUGCUGCUGUUUGCCUUCCCCUUCAUGGUGGUGAUGGUGUGCUAUGGACUGAUGGUGAGGAAGCUUCUGGAGCCCACCUGGGGGGCAGGAGGGAGCCAGUCGAGGGGAGUCGGGAGGAUCGCUCCUCAUCGCUCCAAACAGAAGUCUGUGAAGAUGAUAAUCAUUGUGUUAGCAGCGUUCAUGCUGUGUUUCCUACCCUUCCACCUGACCAGAAGUCUGUACUACUUCCUCAGAUACCUGGAGCAGAUGGACCCCUCCCAGGUGAGCUGUGAGCUGCUGAAGGCGUCCAGCCUGGCCUAUAUGGUGACACGCCCCCUGGCCAGCGCCAACAGCUGUGUGGAUCCCGUACUUUACUUCAUGGCUGGGCAGGGUUUCCGUAGUAACCUCGGCAACAAAAAUCAGAGCAUCGCCAAGGAAACAAGGAAGCGUGAUGGUGGCCCUUUCGAAGCAGCUCUGACUGUCAGGAGAGUCAAUCUAUGUACUGAAUAGCUAUGGAACCGAGUGAACUCCAUUGGACAAACACACUGGAAGGAUGACUGGUUCCUCUAAACGGAAUAUUAUUUAGCCCAUAUUAUUAGCCUGUUUGAAGGAGAAUGUAUGUCAUGAUAUUUUAUUGAAUGUUCUUUCACUGACUGGUAAAUACUGGGAGAUUACAACAUACAAUAGAAAUACCAGAUGUCUUACUUGAAAGUGAGAGGGUAAUACAGUAACUCAUUGAUUGUGAGAGGGGAAUACAGUAACGCAUUGAUUGUGAGAGGGGAAUACAGUAACGCAUUGAUUGUGAGAGGGGAAUACAGUAACUCAUUGAUUGUGAGAGGGGAAUACAGUAACUCAUUGAUUGUGAGAGGGGAAUACAGUAACUCAUUGAUUGUGAGAGGGAAAUACAGUAACUCAUUGAUUGUGAGAGGGGAAUACAGUAACGCAUUGAUUGUGAGAGGGGAAUACAGUAACUCAUUGAUUGUGAGAGGGAAAUACAGUAACUCAUUGAUUGUGAGAGGGGAAUACAGUAACUCAUUGAUUGUGAGAGGGGAAUACAGUAACUCAUUGAAAGUGAGAGGGCAAUACAGUAACUCAUUGAAAGUGAGAGGGGAAUACAGUAACUCAUUGAUUGUGAGAGGGGAAUACAGUAACGCAUUGAUUGUGAGAGGGGAAUACAGUAACUCAUUGAUUGUGAGAGGGAAAUACAGUAACUCAUUGAUUGUGAGAGGGGAAUACAGUAACUCAUUGAUUGUGAGAGGGGAAUACAGUAACUCAUUGAAAGUGAGAGGGCAAUACAGUAACUCAUUGAAAGUGAGAGGGGAAUACAGUAACUCAUUGAAAGUGAGAGGUGAAUACAGUAACUCAUUGAUUGUGAGAGGGGAAUACAGUAACUCAUUAAUUGUGAGAGGGGAAUACAGUAACUCAUUGAUUGACAUCUGACUUAGAUAAGGAAGCUAAAGGCAGGAAGAAAUACACUGGUUGAUGCUGAGGGUGUAGAGAGAAUAGAUGCUGUUAUAACAUGUCAGGGACGUUAGUGAUACUGUAAUCACAAUAAACAGUAAAUAUAUAUUUAGGGGCCGCUGAUUGUAGUGUAUCUAACAAACCUUUCUUCGGGAUUACAUACACCACACACAGACUGUAAAUCAGUCUUAAGAGGACCUCCUCGUAAGAGCAUUCAGAGAAAGUCGUUCAGCUCCAGGCAUGACUUGGGCAGGUUCUUGGGUGUGUCUGGAAAGUCAUGAAUUAACAUCACCAAAGACUCACAGAUGGUGCUGGAUAUAAUCCAGACAGAGAGCUUUAUAGAAGCAACACAGGCUCACUGCUAGCUGGCACAACUACAAAUUACUAAGAAAAAACUCAUGCUUAACCCGUAAGAGUCUAAGCCCUGUCUAAGCCGGAGG